AUGUCUUCUACGAUGUCUGCCUCAUCAUCAUCCGGCUCAGCCAAAGUACAUACAGCCCAAGCUGAAAAUGUACAUGUUCAAUCGGUUGUUCAAACUGAAAGUCAAUCGAAGGUCAGCAUGGAAAAUACCAAGAAAAUAAACGAUCUUAUGGCUCGUCUUGGAUCAACACAUCUUCAAGUUGAUGAAUAUUCACGCAGACGUACCGAAGAAAUCAGUGAAGCUGUUACUGAAUCCAUCAAAAAAGUCGUCGCUGAAACACAAGUUCAACAACAACAACUCCUUGCUGAUGCCAACACACGUACUGUUACAAUCGAAAAUGACUUCAAACUUAAAUUACAAGAAUACGUUGCCAAACUCGAUGCUGACAAAGCUGCUUUACUUGCCCAACUCGAAAAAGAACUUCAUACACGUCAAGAGCAAAUUCUUGAGGCUGCACGCAAACGUAUCGAUGAUCUUAACGAAGAAGCCAACCGAUUGAAAAUGGGUGUUCUUAAAGAAGCUCAAGCUCAAAGCAACGCUCAAGUCACAAAAAUUACCGAACAGGUCAGCGUUCUUGGCCAAGAAGAUGCUGCCCGCCGACUUCAAUCAACAACUACAACAGUUAUUACAACAAAGGCUGCAGCUGCUGGUGAAACCCAUGUUGAAGGUGCUGCUGUCACUGUUGGAAAAACAACACAUACUGAAUCAUCCAAAGCAUCAAGCAGUUCAUCGUCGUCAUCAGCACACUACCAAUCUCAUUAA